UACCAGCAUGAAGCUCAUUAUUAUGACUAUCCUCCUCUUCCUAAUUGUAGGGUUUAUACCAGAAUUCAGUAUCGCCGAUAGUGACCAUGAACAAUUCGUCUUCACUGGUUUCAGCGGCAGCAACCUCACCCUAGAUGGCGCAGCCAGAAUCACAUCGACUGGCCUCAUCGAGCUGACAAAUGAUACAGCCCGGAUCAAGGGUCAUGCAUUUUACCCUUCUCCGCUACGCUUCCGCCAGUCCCCCGAUGGCACGGUUCAAUCCUUUUCCCUCUCCUUUGUGUUUGGUAUCCUCUCUUCAUUUGGAGACAUCAGAGGCCAUGGCUUUGCCUUCUUCAUUAGCCCAAGUAAAGACUUCACUGACGCUUACUCAAUACAGUUUUUGGGCCUUUUUAACUCCACAAACAAUGGUAGUCUGAGCAAUCAUAUCUUUGCAAUUGAGCUCGAUACCAUCCAAAAUACUGAGUUUGGGGACAUUGACAACAACCAUGUCGGCAUAGACAUCAACAGCCUCAACUCUUUGAAAUCCUACACAGCAGGCUUCUACAAUGAUAAGAAUGGCACGUUCACAAACCUAUCCCUAAUUGGAAGUGGGCCAAUCCAAACCUGGGUGGAGUAUGAUGCCAAGAAGACGCAGAUCGAUGUGACCGUAGCCCCUCUAGGCCUAGAAAAACCUGUGACGCCACUACUGUCUUUAGCCUUCAACCUUUCCACAAUACUCACGGAGGAAGCAUACAUUGGCUUCUCAUCUUCAACAGGCUUAAGCACAGGGCAUCAUUGUAUUCUUGGCUUGAGUUUUGGUAUGAAUAGCCCCGCUCCAACCAUUGACUCCAUCAAACUACCCAAACUACCUUACCUUGGUCCAAGACCUCCAUCUAAACUCCUAGAGAUCAUCCUUCCAAUUGCAUCUGCCCUUUUGGUAUUAGUUAUUGGUACUACAGUUGUUAUUCUCAUCAGGAGACAUUUUAGGUAUAAGGAGAUACGCGAAGAUUGGGAGGUUGAGUAUGGUCCACAGAGAUUCACAUACAAAGAUUUGUUUCAUGCCACCAAAGGCUUCAAUUCCAAGCACUUGAUAGGUGUAGGUGGUUUUGGAAGGGUGUACAAGGGAGUGCUUCCAAAGUCAAAAUCAGAAGUCGCAGUAAAGAUGGUACCAUAUGAUUCGAAGCAAGGCAUAAAACAGUUCACUGCUGAAGUUGUCAGCUUGGGGCAUCUUCAACAUAACAAUAUUGUGCAAUUGCAUGGAUAUUGUAGGAGAAAGGGUGAAUUCUUUCUAGUGUAUGACUAUAUGGUAAAUGGAAGCCUUGACAAGUACUUGUAUGAUGAAGAGGGCAGGACCACUUUAGACUGGGGACAAAGGUUUAAGAUUAUCAAAGACAUUGCAUCGGGUUUGCUCUACCUCCACGAGGAAUGGGACAAAGUUGUCGUCCAUCGAGAUGUCAAACCAAACAAUGUUCUUCUUGACAGAAACAUGAAUGGACGGCUGGGAGAUUUUGGCCUUGCCAGAUUAUAUGAUCAUGGCACUGACCCACAUACCACGCAUGUUGUUGGCACAAUAGGAUACCUAGCUCCAGAGCUUGUACACAAAGGCAUGGCAACAACACUAACCGAUGUGUUUGCUUUUGGUGUUUUCAUUCUUGAGGUUACCUGUGGAAAAAAGCCUAUCAAUGAAGACACCCGAGGCAACCAGCUCAUGUUGGCCGAUUGGGUUAUUCAUAAUUGGCAUAAAGACUCACUCCUUGAUACAAUAGAUAUCAAUCUGCAAGGUAAAUAUGAUAUCGACGAAGCAUGCCUCGCAUUAAAGUUAGGAUUGCUGUGCUCACACCCAUCUCCUGAUGCAAGGCCAAGCAUGAGGCAAGUUUUACAGUAUCUCGAUGGUGAGAUGACACUACCAGAGCUACUACCAGCACACUUCAGUUUUCAUAUGUUGGCCUUGCUGCAGAAUGAAACACGGCUUGACAAAUCCACAGUAUCAUUGUAUCCAUCGCCAAUAAUGAUGGACUUUGGUUCAGUAUCGUUUUCACUAGAUGGAAGAUAACAAAGUGGCUUGCUGCCACCACUGUCCUGUUUAUUUUGGUUGACAAUAAAAUCUAGGAUAAAUGUAUUAGAUGUACUUUUGUAAUGAUUUAUAUUCCACAUAUAUUCCUUGUACCUGGUUACGACAUUUGUAAUGAAAAUUUCGAUAUCCUAUAUAGACCAAGUUUUUCAAUGUAAUUUUU